AUACGUCUUGAUUAAUUGUGUUUUUUAUGUAUUUCUGCAUAAUAAUUAUGGUGAUAAUAUAUUUCUGAAUGUCAACAGGUGAUUUUAUUUGGUUGGGCAAAUUUUCACCAGGUUAUCGUUCCUUGCAGUUGAGAUAACGUUUUAGUUUCUUUACCCUUUACUAAAAUUUUUGGAUACAAAUUUUAUAAGUGCUAUAUCGAGGCUAAACAUGUCUGAAGAAACAAGUUCUACUGUAGCGAUUAAAAUGGAACCAGUUGAAUAUCCUCAAGAGGAGGAGCAAGAAUUUGAUGAUAAUCCACAAGUAAAUCAAGAAUUAGUUGAUUAUCCUCAAAUUAAACAAGAAUUAGUUGAUUAUCCACAAGAAAAUCUAGAAUUAGUUUAUCAUCAACAAGAGAAUCAAGAAUUAGAUAAUUAUCCACAAGUGAAACAAGAAGUAGAUGAUUACGAAGUUAUGGAAAUAUGUCAGGAAAAUGAAGAAACAUAUGUCCAGCAAUCUUCAGAAUCUGAGACUGCAUCAGAAGAAGAAAUAGAACAGGAUGCAAUUUAUAAGCCAGGCGCAGUCACUACUAAAAGGCAAAGAAAAAAGAAACCUCAUAUAUGUAAAGUAUGCAAUAAAAUAUUUGCAACAAAAUAUACCUUAAAAGAUCAUGAAACAAUCCAUACCGGAGAACGCUCUUAUAAAUGUGAAUUAUGUGACAAAACAUUUGCAACAAAAACAACAUUGAAUCGGCAUGAAUUAGUUCACACAGGAAAUCGCCGUCACAAAUGCGAAAUAUGUGGUAAAACAUUUACUGACAAAUUUCAAUUAAACAAGCAUGAAACAGUUCAUACUGGAAUCCGGCCAUAUAAAUGUGAAAUGUGUGAUAGAACUUUCACAACAAAUUAUGUGUUAAAAAUACAUAUAGCAAACCAUACCGGAGAAAGCCCUUUCAGUUGUGAAAAAUGCAAUAAAUCAUUCACAACAAAACGAGCACUAAUCCAGCACGAAUUGAUCCAUACUGGGGAAAGUCCUCAUAAAUGUGAAACUUGUCAUAAAACAUUUACAGCUAAACAUUCGUUAACCAAACAUGAAAUCAUUCAUACUGGAGAGCGUCUUUAUAAAUGCGAGACAUGUGGUAAAACAUUUACAACAAAAUAUGCAUUAAAGCUGCAUGAAGUGAUACAUACUGGGGAAAGCAAUCAUAAAUGCGUAAGUUGCAAUAAAACAUUCCAAACAAAACAAGCAUUGAUGCGGCAUGACAUAACUCAUACUGAAGAUCGACCUUAUAAUUGUGAACAAUGCGAUAAAACAUUCAAAACAAAAGCAGCAUUAAGACAACAUAGAAUUGAUGUCCACACCACGGAACUCUCUCAUGAAUGUGCAACAUGCAACAAAUCAUUUGCGACAAAUCGAAGAUUAAAACAACAUAUAAAGAUUCAUAUGGUUGCAACUGCUGCUGAUUUGCAACCAAUAGAAGAAAUCAGUUGAAAAUGCUUUCUUUCAAUAAAUAUCACGAGCAGUGUUGUCAGAGUUAAACUCACAUAAAUUUGUCUCAAGCAUAAGGGAAUUGGAAAACUGCAGACAAAAGUUCUGUUGAUUUAUUGUAUUGUGCUACUAUAUUAUAAAUACAAUUGCAGAUGAGUACUUUUACCUAACAAUAUUACCUGGAGCCUCUUUUCUGAGGUUUGAAUACUGAAAACAAAAGCGGACGAAUACCCAAGAUCAAAUGAACUUGUUUAAUAGGUCAUUUAAGAUUUUUUAAAUCAUUUAAGAUAUGGAGGAUGAAUAUGUCCAUUAUAAAGUUGGGGAAUCCUGAAGUUUCGAGAUUUAUCUAGGUAUAUUUACUAGAUCAGAACUUAUUUGGUUCUCUUAUUGAAAAAUUUGAAGUCAUGGAUCAAAUGGCACAUAAACAGUUUCCCAAAGAGUAAGAUGAAGAAGGAACCCAAAAGCUGGUGCACCAGGAGUAAGAAAAAUUAAUUGUAUAGUCCACUUCUUGUACAUUUUAAUUGUUCCAACAAAUUCCAUUUAGUUGUACUUUA